AUGUCUACUGCUAGUUCUCAUCCUCGUCAAAUUCUAUCAAUUAUUCAGCAAGGUAAUUCAUCUUCUAUGGCUAUAUCCAGAACAAUCUAUAAUACUUUACAAUCUAUUCACCAAGAAAAACUUAAUGGUCGUACACCAAUUCAAGCUCUUUUUGAUGAAUUGCAAGGAUCAGACUUUGAGUUUGAAUAUCAAU